AUGAACUCGUUGACGUGCGGUAUAGUGACAUGCCUGGUGAUGAUGAUCGUCGAUGUCCAGGGUAUCAUGUUCCACUUGGAGCCAAAUGGACGUAAAUGCCUGAGUGAGCAGUUGCAGGCACAGACUCUUCUCACUGGAGAGUACCAGGUGUCCGAUGUACCUGGACAGAGGGUCGACUACGCGAUCAAAGAUUCCAAGGGGAGUAUUCUGUCCCAGAAGGAUGAAAUUCCCCAUGGAAGAACCUGGAAAUUCUCCUUCAUCACUGAUACUCCCGAUACCUUCGCAAUCUGCUUCAUCUCGCACGUCCCACAGCAACAACGAGGAAUGAAGCAGGAAAUUUCCCUGAAGUUGAAGCACGGAGUGGAAGCCAAGAGCUACGAGGCUAUUGGAGAGGCCGCAAAACUGAAGCCCAUCGAAGUUGAGUUGAAACGCUUGGAAGAUUUGUCCCAAGCAAUCGUCCAAGAUUUCGCAAGAAUGCGCCAGAAUGAGGAACAAAUGAGGGAUACGAACGACAGUAAAAAGAGUAACACGUUCAUUUCAAGGAAACCAAAGAUACCUCGGAAUCUAGAGAAGAUGUAAAUCUCUCUUAGAUUAGAAAUUAUUACUGAAAAAUUUAACCACGGAAAACCACAAAUGCGCGUGUCCUCUACUUCAGCAUAUUCUCAAUGUGUUGUUUGCUGGGUCUAGCCACAUGGCAAGUGUUCUACCUGAGACGUUUCUUCAGAGCUAAAAAACUGAUCGAGUGAACGAGAGUACAGCUCUUCCAAGUGUACAUGUGGGUUUGUGUGUGCCUGUGGUAAACAAAAGAACAUUGAUAACGAUCACAAAGUGUAUAAUAAUUCAAAAAAAUAUUUUUGCCAGAAUGGGAACCAUGAAGGUGUCGAGUUUGUUCGUACGAAGGUGUUAUUUUAAUUCCACUUGAAAUUUUUCAUGUCAUCUCUUUUUUUAAAUGUGAAAUAAAAAACAAUAUGUCAUACAAUGGA